AUGCCCAUCCGUGGCCCACGGUACCGCCCAACCCUCCAAGUCGUGGAACAGAAUUCCGUCUCCCAAUUCUUCAAUCCCCCCUGUUCUGUGGUUCAAAACAACAAAAUGACUUCACAAAACAAGUACUCCGUUAUUCUACCCACCUACAAUGAGCGCAGGAAUCUGCCAAUAAUCUGCUGGCUGCUCGAGAAAACAUUUAGAGAAAAUAACCUAGAUUGGGAGGUAAUUAUAGUGGACGAUGGGUCUCCGGAUGGAACACUUGAAGUUGCAAAACAGCUCCAAUCACUCUGGGGCCCGCAGCACAUCAUUCUGAAGCCCCGUGAAGGAAAGCUUGGUCUUGGAACCGCUUAUGUCCACGGCCUGAAAUUCACGACAGGCAACUUCGUAAUUAUCAUGGACGCCGAUUUCAGCCACCACCCAAAGUUUAUUCCCGAAAUGAUAAAAAUCCAAAAGGAAACAAGCUGCGACAUUGUCACUGGAACUAGAUAUGCUUCCCGCGGGAACCUGCGUGGUGGAGUCUACGGCUGGGAUUUGGUCCGCAAGCUCACUUCACGUGGCGCAAACUUGAUUGCCGACAUGAUGUUGAUGCCCGGGGUCAGCGAUCUGACGGGAAGCUUCCGAUUGUACAAGAAACCUGUUCUCGAAAAGGUUAUUAAGAGCACGGAGAGCAAAGGAUAUACCUUCCAGAUGGAAAUGAUGGUUCGAGCAAAGGCCAUGGGAUUCAAAGUCGAGGAAUGCCCGAUUACGUUUGUUGACCGUCUUUACGGCGAGAGCAAACUUGGUGGUGAUGAAAUCGUGGAGUACCUGAAAGGAGUUUUUACACUGUGGCUGAAGGUUUAG